CGAGGUUCAAGCACAAUCAUGGACUCGACGCAACUGGAUGCCGAAGGGAUUGACGGACUUGCCCCACUUGUAAAGGACAAGAACUUCCUGUACUCUGGUCGAAAGUCCUUUGCGGUAUGGAUGGAUUGGACAGAAUGGCAGGCAGUCUAUGCCGACGUGUUUGCCAUCGAACUUGACCUUGAUGUUGGCUCCGUCUCGCUGCACGCGCGAAAGCUACGCGCUCUUUCAUACAUGGCAGCAUGGCGAGCACGAAGUGAUGUUCCUGUCGCUGUGGAGGUGACCGCGCAACUGGUCGAAAUCAGUUGCCAUGACAACAUCCAUGGGCUAGCCCUUCCUGGUCGAUCAGCGUAUCGAUCCCACGAAGAAUUGCGACUACUUUACAGCGCUACCAUCGUUCGCUGUGUCAAUGGCCUUGUCGAUGCUUCCCAGCGAGGGGCGUACGCUCAAGCCGUGAGUUCUCUGGCCUUGCGCAUUGGAAUUCCCCUUUGGAUUGUCGAUAUCCGGCACGAAGCAGCGCACACAAAGCUUCCGUCGUUGCCAACGCUGCAACUGGCAUGUCAAACCCUCCUCCAGUGGUUGUUUGAGCAUUACUGGCAUCCCCAAGACGCAGCCAUCAAGCAACGAGUCACCCGCGUUGGGGUUGCCUUGGCGCGACGACUACGGCACAACGAGCCCUUGGGUCAGCUCCUUGGCCUGGACGUAGCAACGUUGAGUGGAACCAUCGUACCGCUUUUGAUUCGCGGCCAACAGUAUGGCGAAUUUGCUUCACCAGAUGGCAUGAUCAUGGAUAUGGUGCCAAAAGACACACCGUUAGACUUCACUCGCUUUGACGACGAGUGGCUGCAAAUAUGUGGCCAAGAGGAGCUCGUUCGGGUGUUUGAAGAGUGUCAAGGGCUAUGGGACGACUUUGGAGGAUGGUUUCUUGUCGCGAUCGCCCAGGAACUGGCCCGCAUUGACCAAGACGAAACCCAGGACGUGAAGGGCGUUCUUUUGACAAAGUGGAUGUUGCACAUUGCAUCCUCGGAUGCAAUGCGAGUCGGUCGGCGUGGUCAGCGACUGCCGGUGGCUUGUUCUGAAGCGUUAACAUGGCUUUCGACCCUGAACAAUGCACGUGGACAAGACAAUGUAUAGUAUUCGACCUGACUGCAGUCACCGGGCAUCCUCGAAUCAACGUCUUGUAGGUGUUGGGCCACUACUUGUCGCUGGCCAUAUCUGCCUUACGAGAAGUCGCAGCAGGCACCUCUCCUGCAAACGUUGCAAAUGAACCAACUACGUCGUGGACGAAAUGCGACUCGUGGACGCCGAGCCCCUUGGGGAUCCAAACGCCGUUUGGGUCGAUUCCGCGGACUCUUUCUUUCAACGAAGCGGAUGAUGAGUGGCAGGCUGGCAACUUGGUUGUGCUGUCGGACCACGUUCGGGCUUCCGACAACCUGAUGGACGCUUUCGACGCCAAGUAUUUUGCCUCGGUACACGGCAUUGUCGACGCAUCCAAGAAGGUUGCCGACGAGAUUGUGGCUCGAGGGCACACGAGCCACAAUGAGUCCAUCUCGCAGGACGAAGUCGAGCGGCUGCAAAACGCCAUUGAAAUCUGGUAACCCCGACCGAAGGAACGAGUGGCAUGCUCGUUUUCAUCUCACUUGGCUCAUACAAUGGUGAAUGUACACGUCGGAUUACCCACGCAUAGCAGAUAAGUAAAUGAAAAAACUGGCUGGCUCCCAAUGGAGUGCUGCUGAACGAACCAAGAGGAAAAGUGCAAACGACAGUCUGGAU